GCUAUUGCUGUCUUCGAAGACUUGGAGAAAUUGAAUUCUUCUGGAGAUGUGAACAACUCCAACCAUGAAGUCUACACUCGCUUUAUGAAGUCGCACAGAUGCUAUGAUCUUGUUCCCACCAGCUCCAAACUUGUGGUAUUUGAUACUUCUCUGCAGGUGAAGAAGGCUUUCUUUGCUCUGGUUUCAAAUGGAGUCCGUGCUGCCCCACUCUGGGAUAGCAAAACACAAAGCUUUGUGGGCAUGCUCACAAUCACAGAUUUCAUUAAUAUUUUACACAGAUACUACAAGUCGCCGCUGGUUCAGAUUUAUGAAUUGGAGGAACACAAAAUAGAAACGUGGCGAGAGGUUUAUUUGCAAGAUUCAUUUAAACCAUUGGUGAGCAUCUCCCCAAAUGCCAGCUUGUACGAUGCAGUUUCAUCACUAAUUAAGAACAAAAUUCACCGUCUUCCAGUCGUCGAUCCAUUGACCGGGAACACACUCUACAUUCUAACACACAAGCGCAUCCUGAAGUUUCUCAAACUCUUUAUCUCAGAGAUGCCCAAACCAGAUUUCAUGUCUAAAACGUUGGAAGAGUUGAACAUUGGAACAUACAAGAACAUUGCAGUGGUGAACAAAAACACUCCCAUUUAUGUGGCUUUGGGAAUCUUUGUGGAAAAAAGAGUAUCUGCGUUGCCUGUUGUGGAUGAAUCUGGGCGAGUCGGGGAUAUCUAUUCUAAAUUUGACGUCAUUAACCUUGCUGCAGAAAAGACCUACAACAACCUGGAUAUUACUGUAACAAAAGCGCUGCUGCACCGCUCUCAGUACUUCGAAGGGGUACUGAAGUGUUACAAGCAUGAAACCCUCGAGACAAUUAUCAACCGUCUUGUGGAGGCAGAGGUUCAUCGGUUAGUGGUAGUUGAUGAUCAUGAUGUGGUAAAGGGGAUUGUCUCGCUCUCUGAUAUUCUACAGGCAUUGGUGCUGACAGGAGGAGGUAAUUCUUCCGAGCUUGGACAGUGAAAGAUGUGUAUAAAGUGCACCUGUAAGAUCAUCCCCACGUUGAGUCCUCACCAGCCUGGAAAUCUUUUGUCUAAGGAUAUGCACCCAUGGCGGCACAAUGUUUUUCACCAUUGCAACGCUGUUACAUAAAAUAGAGAAGGACCCUGGCUACUGCUCACCGUUUCCAUUUUGAUUGAACUUUGAAAUGUUUCUGCACCUUUCUACUUAAAGCCAUUGACUUCUGUGCCCACUGAAAUGAUACUGCAGGUCAGGUCAAAGGAACUGAAUCUUUUGUUCUUCUUAUCCCAUCCUACCUCAGGUGGAUAACUGAGAAGUCUAUUAACAUGACUGAUUAUUUCAUUAUCUGAGCAUCAGUUUUUUUUUGUACUUUGAUUUAAGUUUGAUUAUCUGUUCUAUGCUAGAUAUUGUCCAAUUUAUGUAACUACUCCUGUUAUUCACUGCUUGUUUAAAACUCUGAGCGAUGCCAACAUAAUUACUGAAGAACAGGUUACAUGAAUACUGUGUAAUUGUCUUUUUGACUGAGGUGUUGGACAAUCUAGUACCUGAUUUGUCAGACACCCGCUUCCAAAAAAACAGCUGUUUUUGAUGUAUCCUUUCAUACGUUGCAAUAUGCAGCAUCAUUCACACCAAAAGAUUUUAAGUGGUUAUCUUAACGGUUUGGUUUGCACGGUUAGAUUAUUUUUGCACUUCUGGCUAAAACAAUUUAAGGAUCUGUGCCUCUCCUUCCUGGAGCCUCCCGCUUUGAACCCAGUUAAGAAACUACAUUUCAAUUUAGAGUAUACCUUCCAACAGCAGAAUUCCGUGAAAAUUUCUGCAAUGAUUUCACUACUUAAAGUCACAUGCUAUUGAAGGUAGUUUUUAAUUUCAAAUGAGCCUGUUCUGAAAUGGACAUAAUAAACAAAAUUGAGUUUGGCUUUUCAAAACUACAAACCACUGGGAAGAAUGUCCAGCCUAACACCUCAAAAGUCUGAAGACAAAAGCAAAUUUGAAAUUGGUUGUCAUGAUACUUAAAUAAAUUGUAUUUCUUCAUUCCUAGGAAAAUGGUGAUUGUAGAUGCUAUAAUUCUGGGCUGGAGUCUCUUUUUUGUCACUGAUCAUUUUUUUAAAGUCAUUUUGUUGCUUGUGGAUUUGAGUGUCAGAAAUAUGUUUUACUUUUCAUUUCUACAAACAAAACAAAGUCUGAAUGAAGCUUGGCUUUUGAUGAUAGACUCCUGGAAUGCUGGUGCACCAGGUUGAAAGUGUUGCUGAUGGUUGGAACAUCAAUUUGGAAAAUGUUUGCUUUUGUUACCUUGGAUUCUAGUUGGACCCAGAGUGCAAACGUGUACAAGCCUCACACUACACCAUUUAUGAGAUGUAGCUUUGAUCCAGUUGUGUGCAGUGUGUAUGGUAGUAUUCUUUGCUGAUUUUAGUUUUCUUCUGAUUAGGUGGUAGUUUGCAAAUUGGUGGUUGUGGCUG